GAAAAGAGAGAGAGAGAGAGAGAAAAAAAUACAAGAAUCGUAAUAUCUACGAGACUAAAGAAUCCAAAAGGAAGAAAAAGAUAAAGAAAAAUGUGGGCAAAUGAUCCGGUUUUAAUUUUUUAAAAUUUAGAGAUCUUUGUUUAUACACGUAUAUGACUUGUGUUAAUUUAAGUUUGAGGUUUAGAAAUCUGCUAUGUUGUGAGAUUUUCUUUGGCAACCCUUAUUCAACAUUAAAUUUGUAGUUUUCUGAAGAUGGCCUCCUCCCAAGUUGAAUUUUCUUCGCCAUCUUCUCCGUUUGGAAGUGUUCUUAGGGAUCACCAUCAUAAAGAAAGGCAUAGGGAGACAAAGACUAAUCUCGCCCAAAAAUCUCAAACAAAAUUUCAGAAAAACUUCAAGAUGUUGGUUAGAGACCAUUUUCAUUCAUGUGUUUCAAUCUCCGGAAAAGACUCAAGCAUUGAGGGAAAUGAGACUCCUUGUCUUGAAAGCACUAGUUUUGGUUGUUGGGGAUCUAAAAGUAAUAAUUACAACAACACCUAUUUUAAAGGUGUUAAUACAAACCAAACUUCAAACCAUAGAGACAAUGCGGAGAUAUCAUCUUCAUCUUUAAUGAGAAAACUACAAUCUCAUAUUCUAGAUUCAUGUAUUUUGCAACAAGAAGAAAAGAAGGUGAACACAAUUGAUAUACAAGGGCAUGAAACAAAACAUAUGGGUUUAUCAAAAUCGAACUCCUUUUCUUCGAGGGCAUCUAGCUCAAUGAGUGGUCCUUCUCCAACUUCAUCUAAUUGUUCAUCCACCGAUUUAAGUGUUUCUUCUUUGGUUCAAAUUUGGAGAAGUUUUGAAUCUGAAACUAAGAAAAACCAAUGCAGCAAAGUUAGUGAAAAUAUGGAAGGGCAAAAUUCAUGUUUAGAUACAAAUGUAGUUGUUGAAAAGAGCAAAUUGAGCUUUAGCCCUUCUUCUGACGAUUUAGAAACAACAACAACAACAACAAAUUAUAUGCAAGUGUACACAUCAAACAUAAAGUCAUCCCAAUAUACAUCUCAACAUGACGAAUACAACGACCAAAAAGAUAAACAUCGUCAUCAUCAUCAUCAUCAUCAACAACAACAACAACAACAACAACAACAACAACAACAACAACAACAACAACAACAAUGUGAUAUAUCUUGUUUAAAAGGAGAAAAUGAAGGAAUUAAUGUGGCUGGCUUGGUCAAAACAUGGGCUAAUACAUAUCAAGUUAAGCGUGAUCACAUUUAUCAAGAGCAACAACCCACAUCUGGGGUAUGUUUAAGUAAAUUGAAAACUAGAAUGGAUAUAAGAGACCAAAUUCUAAUUUCUUCUCCUAUUAUUAAUUCCUCAAAGUUAAGGGGAAGACAAGCUAUUACUGAUUUGUUCAUGAAAAUGGAGAGAGAAAGGUACAAGGAGGUCGAGUCACUAACAUUACGUCAAGCAGUAACCAAAUUUCCUCAACGUGGUCGUAUUCAGACAUUUCUCCGUUUAAAAAUAUUGCGACGGGAAAUAUCCACACAAGAAGAACAACAAUCAUCGCCAAAGUCAAAUUCAAGAGGAUCAAACCAGUCACAAAUUACGGGUAACAUUCACAAUAUAAGACGGGAAUUUCGUGCACCAAUUAAUCACGAUGCAAUCAAUAAGAUAAAUAAUUUUAAAGAGUCAACCAGUAGCGUCCAAGAGGCUGGUAGUGUUGUUAUUGCUUCAACGCAAACAAUAUUUAACAAUCAAGAUGGAGAUUGUGAAGAGUUUAAUAUUGAAGAAUCCAAUGUGAAUUUUUCUCAUAUAAAUAUUGUGAAGAACAAUCAAGAUGAGGAAAUAAGUUUGUCUUCCAAUCAAGUAUCAUUUGGAGAACAGGCUAAUGAUCGCCACAAUAAUAAUAUUAAACAACUAGAAUCACACCUGAUUGAAGAAGAUCUAUUGCUUGAAAAUUCAACAAUUGGAGAGACAAAUUUUCCCUUCGAUAUUCAAAGGCAAAAAAUUAGAUAUGGAGGUGAUGUUAAUUGCAAUAGACAAGUAGUCACAAGUAUGGCAAUUCCAUGUGCUAAUUGGAAAGACGAAAAUAAUACAUCCGAUGAGCAUGAAUUAGAGAACAAUCAACAAAACUUUGGAGAAGAUCUUGAUUGGAUUAUUGAUAUUGCUCGUCCUCGUAUUUACUGGGAAGAUUGUAGGAAAGUACGCUACCAAGAGAUGUUAGACAAUCAAUCCAAAGAUAAGGAUCUAAGACAACUUAUUGAGAGAGGAAGUGUAUCAUCAAUUCUUGCAAGUGAUUUUCGAGAAAGGAUGGACAAAUUAAUAAUGUCAUCUGUUCAAAGAGUACUACAUUCAACUAGCAACGAGGAUGAACAAACACCAUCAUUAAGAAAUUACCAUGAAGAGGAAGAGGAAGAGGAAAACGAGAAAGAUGACCAAGAAAAUAUGCAACUAACUUCUCAACACUAUCAUUAUGUUGAGGAAAUUGAAGAAGAAAAUGUAGAAAGAGAUUUGAAUGCAAGCUUACAACAAUAUCAAGAUGUUAGUGACUAUGAUCAAACUCCAUUUUGCUCACAAGAACUUUCACCAAAUCCUUCUUAUUAUCACAACAUAGAAGGUUCAUCGUCAAAGACCGUCUCAACAAUCGAUGUUGAACUAAUUUAUGAUUUGAGGACACACAUGCAACAACUUUAUCAAGAAAUGUUUGAGUUACGAAAAUCGAUUACAAGUUGUAUGGAUAUGCAAUUGAAGUUGCAAAGCUCUAUUAAGGAAGAGGUCUCAACUGCCAUUAAACAAAGAGAUAAAGAUAACCAAAAAUGCUCAAGUGGGAGACAGCUAAGAAUGGGUUGUUGUCAUAUUUGUUAUGAGAAAAAGAUAGAUUCACUUUUAUACAGAUGUGGUCAUAUGUGCACCUGUUUCAACUGCGCCAAUGAAUUGCGAUGGAGUAGUGGAAAAUGUCCGAUUUGUCGAGCUCAAAUUAUCGAUGUAGUACGAACAUAUUAUGACAUAUAAAUUAAGCGAGUUCUUGGUUUAGAGGACCGCCAUUAUAUGGAAUUAUUUUUCCUUUCUCUCGAUUAAACUUUAUGAAACUUUUCUUUUAUUUUGAAUCAUUUAUUUUCUAUAAAGUAGGAUUUAUAAGAAAAAUAGGUAUUGCGCACACCCGAUGUACAAUAAAUUUAUUAUACACCGGGAUAAUUUUUAUCCAAUUUUUGGUAAAGUUUACCAUGUUU